UUACAGUAUCUAAUUUCGAGCGAAAUGCAUGUAAUGUUUUAAAAUGCUCGUGUGUUUAAAUCGAUUUUCGAAGUUCAACGUCAACGCCACCGUCACCAGACUGCCAUGCAACUAAACUCGACGUCGAGUCGGUCACGAUAAGUGAUAUGCUUGUGUUUUUAUUGUGGCAAAACAGCACGCAGCGUUAAAAUCAGCAGCUAAUUAAACAAGUUAGUGUUGGGAGGUGUGCAACUGGUGCAACAAAUCGCUGGAAAACGUAACGGGCCACGCCACAGCAGCAAGAACGUCAACAACAAUAACAACGGGAAAGGAAAAGAGCUGCGCAAAAACGUAAACAAAAGCAAGUUGGAAAAGCAAGAGGGCUAAAGCAAAAACCAAAGGAAAGCCAGAGGAAAACAAAGCCACGAAAGCGGAGAACAAAGAGGGGCAGCUCAAAGAACGGAAGUGGAGCGAGAGAGCGAAGAGCAAAGAGGAAGAGGAAGAGGAACAGGAAGAAGAGGCAGAGAGAAGGAGGAGCAGCAGCAGCAGCACCAGCAGCAGCAGAAGAAGAAGCGCAAAACAGAAUCCGAAAAAUGGACUCAGACAAUGACAACGAUUUCUGCGAUAAUGUCGAUUCGGGCAACGUCUCCUCGGGCGACGAUGGCGAUGACGACUUUGGCAUGGAGGUGGACCUUCCAAGUUCCGCGGAGCGCCAGCUGGACCAAGAUGACUACCAGUACAAGGUGCUCACCACCGACGAGAUUGUGCAACACCAGCGGGAGAUCAUCGACGAUGUCAAUCUGCUGCUAAAGCUCCCCACACCCAUCACGCGGAUACUGCUGAAUCACUUCAAGUGGGACAAGGAGAAGCUCUUGGAAAAGUACUUCGAUGACAACACCGAGGAGUUCUUCAAAUGCGCACACGUCAUAAAUCCUUUCAACAACGCCACCGAAGCGGUCAGACAAAAGACCACACGAAGUCAGUGCGAAGAGUGCGAAAUAUGUUUUUCACUACUACCGCCAGAUUCGAUGACCGGGCUGGAGUGCGGGCACCGAUUCUGCAUGAUCUGUUGGCGCGAGUAUCUCACAACGAAGAUCGUUACGGAGGGUCUGGGCCAGACCAUCUCGUGCGCGGCGCACGGCUGUGAUAUCCUGGUGGACGACGUGACCGUCACCAAGCUGGUGCUAGACGCACGGGUGCGGGUCAAGUACCAGCAGCUGAUCACCAAUAGCUUUGUGGAGUGCAACCAGCUGCUGCGCUGGUGUCCGUCCGUCGACUGCACCUAUGCGGUGAAGGUGCCGUACGCGGAGACACGUCGCGUCCACUGCAAGUGCGGCCAUGUCUUCUGCUUCGCCUGUGGCGAGAACUGGCACGAUCCGGUCAAGUGCCGGUGGCUAAAGAAGUGGAUCAAGAAGUGCGACGACGACUCGGAGACGUCCAACUGGAUCGCGGCCAAUACCAAAGAGUGUCCCAAGUGCAGCGUGACCAUCGAGAAGGACGGCGGCUGCAACCACAUGGUGUGCAAGAACCAGAACUGUAAGCACGAGUUCUGCUGGGUCUGUCUCGGUUCCUGGGAGCCGCACGGCUCCUCCUGGUACAAUUGCAAUCGCUACGACGAGGACGAGGCCAAGACCGCCCGCGAUGCCCAGGAGAAGCUGCGCUCCUCACUGGCAAGGUAUCUCCACUACUACAAUCGCUACAUGAACCACAUGCAGUCGAUGAAGUUUGAGAACAAAUUGUAUGCAUCUGUUAAGCAAAAAAUGGAGGAGAUGCAGCAGCACAACAUGUCCUGGAUCGAGGUGCAAUUUCUGAAAAAGGCUGUCGACAUACUUUGCCAGUGCCGCCAGACUCUCAUGUACACAUACGUGUUUGCGUAUUACUUGAAAAAGAACAAUCAAUCCAUGAUAUUCGAGGAUAAUCAAAAGGACUUGGAGUCGGCAACGGAGACGUUGUCCGAGUAUUUGGAACGUGAUAUUACAUCCGAGAAUUUGGCUGAUAUUAAGCAGAAAGUGCAAGAUAAAUACAGGUAUUGUGAAAAGCGGUGCUCUGUCCUGCUAAAGCACGUGCACGAGGGGUACGACAAGGACUGGUGGGAAUACACAGAAUGACGAGAGUCAUGGCUGGAUAACUAAGCUAAGCUGAGCGGCAGGCAGUCGGCAGUCAGUGUAGUGCCCGCUACACGCCUCCCCCAACCAGCAUCCCCAAGGCACCAAACGCUAGCCCCAUCCACAUAACCAACACCACCCACCCACACCGAAACCGAAGCCGAAGAAGUUGAACAGAAGUUAAGGAUAAUGUAGAAGCUACACGGAAAGGCAAAAGGAAGGAAACGCGGAACCCCCAAACAAAAGUUGCAAGCAAAAAGUGAACCCAUUUAAGAAUAUUGUGAAACCAGAGAGAAAUCCAUAUUGAAUCGUAAUAUAUAAAUAUAUAAUUAUAUAUAUAUUUUUCUUCGUAACGAGCAGCCGCAUCAGGACACUAGGCCGGACAGGAUCAGAUAGACACACUCACACAACCAGUCACAAGGAUCAGAAGCAGCAGAAGCAGCCGCAGCAGCAGCAUAUAUAUAUAGUAAAUAAUCAACAGUUACAAACUUAUUUGAUGUUAACCGAUUGCAAAGAGAUCUUCAUGUUAUCAAAAACAAAAACUAAGAAAAAAAGUGAAACAAAAAGCGAAAAAUUAGUGAAUUCAAAGCUCCACGAAAGAGAAACGAACAAUAGAACCUAAACGUAUGUGAAAUAAACUACACAUGUAAGCAGAAACACUUGCCCAGCUUCCUUUCCACCUGCCCAACUUCCUGCGACCUUUCAACGACCACCCGCUUUUUAACCCCGUUUCAAGUUAGCGAUAUUGUUCAUUAGUUCCAAAUUUCGAGUUUCUUCCAGUUUGUUAAGCAUGUUUUUUAAAUUGAUUUGCCUUUUCCCAUUCUGUUUUCUGUUCAAUAAACUAUUGUGCCUAGCAUAUAUGGAACGAAAAUGUUUGCGAUUCGAUCGGA